CCUCGACACUCUACCACCCCCAGCGCACAGGGAUGUUUUCCACGUAAGUGCGGGAAUAGAGCGAACGUUCGCGCACUUCCAGGACAGGACACUGUGCGGCAAAAUUUCUGCCCUUAGCGCCCGGUGAAUUAUGUAGAAAAUCGCGGUGGAGACUUCAUCGUUCUGACGGACCAACCGGUGUAGUGUGAAGAGUGAAAAAGGGGGUUUAUAUAAUGGAAGUCGAUUUUUAUAAGUGAGUUGUUCCAGAAUUAUUAUGGCCCUUUGGAUAUACAGCCUGCUUCUAGCUCUUCAUUUGAGUUCAGUAUUGAGCGCCGUGAAGUCUGGAAGUGGUACAUCAGGUAACUCACUUUCGGAACUCACCACAAGAGGGCCACACUUCGACCAGACAGCUUCGAAAAAUGUGACAGCUCUCCUCGGAAAGACGGCAUAUCUAAACUGCAGAGUGAAGAACCUAGCAAACAGGACCAUGUCCCUACAGGUGUCGUGGGUGCGUCACAGGGAUGUUCAUCUCCUCACAGUUGGCAGAUACACCUACACCAGCGACCAGAGGUUCAGAGCCAUUCAUCAGCCACACUCGGAAGACUGGACCUUGCAGAUCAAGUACCCACAACACCGUGACUCUGGAAUAUACGAAUGUCAAGUAUCUUCCACUCCACACCUCUCACACUUUAUUCAUCUUACUGUUAUCGAGCCGGACACCGAAAUAGUUGGAGCCCCCGAGCUUUUCAUCGAUCGCGGAAGCACCAUCAACCUCACCUGCGUCGUCCGGCAUAGCCCGGAGCCCCCCGCCUACAUAUUCUGGAACCACAACGAAGCUAUCAUCAGUUAUUCGAGCUCCAGGGGCGGAGUAAGUGUAGCUACUGAACGUGGCGAAACUAGCCGUAGUGUUCUUCUCAUCCAGAAGGCUAGACCCACCGAUUCUGGAACCUAUCAAUGUAACCCCUCCAAUGCAAAAUCCGCCAACGUCACAGUCCACGUUCUAAAUGGAGAGCAACCUGAAGCGAUGCAGCACGGAGGCAACCAGCGCAUGGGACCUUCUCUUGGAGCUCUGGCUUUCAUCUGCUACGUCCUCCUGGUCUACUGCUAACCUAUAGAGCGUUCGGCUCUUUGUGUCACUUCAGACGGCCGCUGGUCAUCGGCAACCAUCGUACAUGUCAUGUAGACUAUUAUUGUAUAUACUAUUAUAAAAAUUUUAUGGAAAACUGGUAGCUUUAAGACAUCUGUUGAUUUGUGUCCGUUUCUGUUGCCACAUCACUCUAUGUAUUAUAAACUUUGAACCGACACUAUUUAUUUUAAUAAAAUACCAAAAUUUUA